AUGGCCAGCCCGCAGUACACCGCGAGGAAGGUUGGCGCUCCCAACACCCUGGAGCACCGCAUCUACAUCGAGGAGAAUGGCAAGCCCAUCUCGCCAUUCCACGACAUCCCGCUGUAUGCCAAUCCAGAGCAGACCAUCCUCAACAUGAUCGUUGAGAUCUCGAAAGAAGAAACGCUCAACCCGAUCAAGCAAGACACCAAGAAGGGCAAGCUACGAUUCGUCCGCAAUUGCUUCCCGCACAAGGGCUAUCUCUGGAACUACGGCGCCUUCCCUCAGACAUGGGAGGACCCCGAGGUCGAACACCCCGAGACUAAGGCUAAGGGUGAUAAUGACCCGCUUGACGUCUGCGAGAUCGGUGAGCUUGUGGCGAAGCCCGGCGAUGUCAAGCAGGUCAAGGUCUUGGGCAUCAUGGCACUGCUCGACGAAGGCGAGACUGACUGGAAGGUCAUCGUCAUCGACGUCAAGGAUCCUCUUGCAAACCGACUGAACGACAUCGAGGACGUCGAGAGGCAUCUGCCAGGCCUGCUGAGGGCGACCAACGAGUGGUUCCGCAUCUACAAGAUCCCCGAUGGAAAACCAGAGAACCAGUUUGCUUUCUCGGGAGAGUGCAAGAACAAGAAGUACGCCAUGGACGUCGUCCGGGAGUGCGCUGAAGCCUGGGAGCGUCUGAUCACCGGAAAGGCCAACAAGGGUGACAUCUCGCUUGUCAACGUGAACGUCGCCAAGUCUCCCGACCGUGUCGACCCUCACAGCCUGAACAUCGCACCGGGCGAGAACAAGCUUCCCGCACCGAUCGAUCCGUCCAUCGACAAGUGGUUCUUCAUCUCUGGCGCUCCCCAGUAG